AUGUCACACAGCCAAGAGAUAAUAGUCUUGUUAGAUAGACUUAAGAAGGAAAAGAGCAAAGAAGAUAUUGAUGCCACGCUAACAUUGAUAGAGGAAUUGGCAAAUGAAGGUGUUGAUGAACCAGUUUUGAUGACUUUGCUUGAUCUAAUACUUGAAACAAAGAGAGUCGUUUCACACUCUACAAAGAGGUAUCUUCUUGACAAUUGUUUAUUGCCAAGACUGGAGUUACCUGUGAGUAUUUUUCUAAAAGUAAUAAGUGGAAUUGGUGCAACACGGGUGUAUUAUCAAGGCAACAGGAAGCUUAAGACUAAGAAACCAUCAACAGAAUUUCAAAUCAGUUUACUUAAAUGGAUGAUUGAUAAUUUCAAAUAUUUUGAAAAGAGUCUUACCACAUCAGGGACAUUCGUUUUGUCAAUAUUGGUUAAGAAUCUAGCGUAUGAAUUUUCCCGAGCCGUGAUUUCUCAAUUGAUCAUCAUUAUAUUAAGUCUGAACAACUCAACUCAAUUUAAAACAUUUUACAAUAGUGAGAUUUAUCAUAAUAUUAGACUAUUAAAAAAUCAUCAUAUUCAACAAGUGGUUGAUCUAUACAACAAAUUCCCACUUGAUAUCUAUUUAUCUGAAUUAUUAGCAUUUUUCAAGGUUGUUGUACCAGACUUGGAUUACAUUAUAUACUCCCCAGAUAACUACCCAAUGUUGAAUAAGCUUAUAAGUAAUCCAGAUCAACUAUACCGAUGGGACGAAUCAAAUACGGUUGAUUCAGGGUUAUCAAAAAGGCAAAAACGUAUGGGUAGAUCAAAUGGUGAUGACAUCUAUGGCAUUCAAGCACUUGAUCAAAUUCAUAAACUCAAUGCAUACAAAAUAUUACGAAGUUCUUUUAAUAAUGAUAAUAGUGCACAGUUGAUUGUGAUAUUACUUCAGGCAGGUCAUUCAGAUUUCAACAGGAAAAUAAAUUUAUAUAUCAAAGCUAGUCUUGACGGAACUGUGAAUGAGGAAUAUGAUAGAAUCUCACUUUUAAGGAAAUUGUCAAAAAUUUAUCAAUUUAGUGGAGGUGCAAUCCAUUUGAGUGCAGUCGAAGAUUAUAUACUCACCACUGGUAUUCUGAAGAACAACCCAUUUAAAGAAAUGGAAUAUAGAUCAUUAUUGAUACGAUAUUUUAUCAACGUUUCACCAACUAGAAUAGCUGAUAUGAUCAAAAGAGAUGCCAUUGAUUUGAAAGAGAUUUAUUAUUCGGAUCUGACUGUCCAUGCCGCUCCAUGUACACAAUAUGUUGAAAGUGUAUUAUAUUUGCUUAAGCUGUGGAAUUCUGAAAAAUAUGAGGACUUUAUCCAAGCAUUGAAUUUAAUAAUACCUAAAUUAUACAUGUUUAUUCAAUAUUGCAAAACAAAUCAAGAAUGGCUAACCAGAGAAACCCUUAGGUUUAUUCAUGAACUUGAUGAACAUAUUUUGGAAGAUCUUAAUGACAAUGUAUUAUUACCACCACGAUCAUUAAUUUAUUCUUGUUUGUUAAGUUACGAUCCAUUAGUUUUAGCAACCAUCUGUGAGCAUAUUUAUAUUUGCAAGGAACACAAUUAUAAUAAUUCUAAUUGGAGAGAUUUUGAGAAUUCAUUCAUAAUGGACUCUGUGAAUAUGUUAUGGAAAGAACGGUUUUUGAAACAAGAACCAAAUAUUAGCAAUUCUUCAGCAAAGGGGUUCUAUUUAAAUCCUGAAUUCACAAGAAAGUUAAGCACUUUACAUCUGUCUGAUCAACUUUCUAUAGUUUUCCAAUCAAUUGGUGAAUUGUUUUACAAUCCAGCAUUGUCAUUUAUUAUUACGAAAUUAAUUUGGGAUAUAGAAGAUAAAACCGAAGAGAUAAAUACUCGACAUGAAGGACCAGUUUCUAGGGAUAGUUUAGAAAGAAUAAGAAUAGAUUCUGACAAAAUAUGGUUGAAUAUAACGUUUGAAGAAUUGAAAGUGACAAUUCUUCGGAAUUUAGACACGGCUCACCACGGAAAAUUCAAAGGAAUAGGUGAUUUAUUGUUCAAUUCCUUAAAAAGCCUAUCAGACAAGAGAUUAUCUUGA